UACUGUACCAUCACCAACGACAGUCUAACGUUUCUUCUUACCAACCACCUCCAUUGUCAGCAUUAUAAAGGUAAUCUGAAGUUCAUCAGUUUUUUCAGCAGUUCUCUUUCUUUUCUUUUUGUUUUGUUUAAUAUCAGGUUGGGAGCUAAGGCUAAAGCCCCCAGCUUGGUAGGCAUUCUUGUCACCUUUCGAUUUUCGCAAUGCACACAGUUUCCUCCUAUGGUUUUUGUAUUUCGAGGUAACUUUCUUUGCACUGGUUUGAAUUCUAACUCUAUCUUGCAGUCGAAGAGUCCUCAUAGAGUUUUGACCUGGGAUGAUUCAACACAUAGACAUCAAUGCUUUGCUGGCAGUACCAGUGUUAAACACUGCCACUGUUUCACAAGCAGCGAUGCGACCCUUCGAGCACCACAAAAUUUAGUCAAAGAAGCUCAUUAGCAGCCUCAUUUUGGUUUUGGGUCAUUCCUUUCAAGCAUCUGGUAAGAAGGUCAUGAUUUGAUAAUCUGGUAAAUAUUGGUUCAAGCUCUUUUUUGAAGACUUGAGGCAACUGAUUAUCUUCAGUGUAUAUUGAAGUUUUCUCAUUUUGAUCCUUCCAGUACUUGCACCAUGUAUUACUGGGCUUAGGGCAGUGCUGGUGUUGUUUACAUAAAGAUAAAGUGUCAUCUUUUAUCAUGUGGUGAUGUGUUGCUUUUAUUCUUGUUUUUAUACCUUCUAGAUUUCCUUUGUUCUCUCUUAUUGCUUGUCCAUAAAAGUUUUGCAUCCGAUCAAUAGUUUUAUCUGUCAGAUGUCGUUUCCCUCCAAAACUCUUGCCAUCUGAUAGUUUCUUUCCUUUAUUGUCAUUCUUAUACUUUCUUAGAGCUGUUCCCAACCUUUUCUGGACAUGCCCUAUACAUUCCUCUUUUUUUAUCUGAUAAGCUGAGCCAAAUUUUUCUUCCAAUGCUUCCUUCACACGUCCAAAGCUACUGCUAUCACCAUCCCCAACAAAAGUCAUGUACUCCAGCUUUCGUGUCUCAAUGCUUCGGCUAAAUAUUUGAACUGCUGCUACAGCUUCCAUUUCUUCAGAUGAACCCUCAUGGUUAAUCUCACAUCUUUGUUAAUGAGCGUCCUUCCGUUUAUGUUUAUCACUUUCUUUGUCAUUGUUAUUGUGUGCCUUGCACUCAUGUGCACAAUUUGCCACAGGAUCAUCGCUAACAGUGGCCAAACAAUCACAACUCUCAUUAUUGACCACAGCGCCAUCGCUCAAAUUAUCAGUUGAACUCUUGCGGUCUUUUACCGAAAAAACUGUGUCUCUUCUUUCGUCUCGCCAAUCUAAACUUUCCCUUACUAUUCUUCUCCAUUUUUACAAGUAAAAACACUCUAAAACGCCUUGCAAAGCACUCAAUUGAAAGAGAUUCUUGAAUAUUUUAUCACACUUCCGAAACUAUCAGUGUAAAGACUCGCUACAACAGCUAUAAAACAACAACAGCCCUCAUUACGCCUUGGAGGCUUGGGCCGAAAAAAUAUAUUAAGAUAUCAGGGGGGACCCUUUCAAUAUUUUACAGGGGUUUGGAAUAAAAAUUUUAAAAACUAAGCUAAAAAGCACAUAGCAACCAGGUAAACAAAACUAUUAAAUACCAUUGCUAUGUGUGAUUUUCAUACACCACUGCAGGAAAAUGCAUAUUUCGGCAAAAAUAUUCCAACUACUUGAAAAAUAUGUUCAGAAAGUAAAACUACGAUAAAUUGUGGACCAAAUAACACACUUAAAAUAUUUUUAAAAAUUAAAGCUGUUUAACUAAAUUUUGGGUUAACUACCACCUUUUAAAAUAACAAUGUCAUGGGGGCGCCAGAGAAGAUUUGCACCAGGUCCUGCAAAUUCUCUCAGUGGUUAGUUAAAGUUAAUACAUACAGGGUGUCCCAAAAGCGUUCCUCUGCAUAUUUGCCACUCCAGAAUCUUGUAUACUUAUAUCGUCCUUAAGGCACCUAUAGACCUAUUCGAAAAAGAGUAGGAAACUCUGCAGGCCUGGUGUGAGUGACAUGAAAACGAGGCUGGUCAGAUUUUCUCCAGCUAAAAUUUCAAAAUCAUUUGUUUAUUUUGAAAUUUUGGCUGGAGAUAACCUAACUAGCCUCGUUUUCGUGUAACUCGCAACAGGCCUCCAUAGUUGCCUGUUCUUAAGGCUAUACUUUCCACAUUUUACGACAUAACUUUGCAAUUUUACUCAUUUUUGUAAGCUCUUUCUAGCUGUGGUGAUUUAUUUGCAUGGAGAUGCAAGUUUGCCUAGUUUCAAAAUUAGUCUAUAAUGGGAAUUGUCUAUUUUAGUAGUGAUGUUUUACUCAAGAAUUUGAUUCACUGAGGGUGCUUUGCAUUACUCAAAAAGUUAUGGUAGAGCCAAGUCAGUCACUCAGCUAGACCUUAGCUAAACUGCAUGUGUUCAAAGAUACUGCAAGAGGCCCUCAAUUUCAAAAAUGCUCUGACUAAUUUAAAGAAGCUACUCAAUUUUAGGCUCUCUUUCACGUUGGAGCCAUAUUAACAUUUGUCAAUGCUUAUAAGCAGGGCCACCGAGAGGAUGGCAAUUUGCCCCCUCCCUCUCGGCGGCCCUGAGGAGCAUUGUCAAAAACUUUGGAAACACAAGUACAAACUUGAUUAUGACUUUGUUGUGAGCCAUGAUCCAUACCUCUGCUUCUGGUGAAUCUGCAAGGUCUCCUGCAGUUUGUCUUAUGAACACCUUUGGGAAUGGCUUGAUUUUUCUGAUAACAACCUCCACAUUCUUGUCAUCCUUUAACAAAAAAGUUUUGUUUAUGUUAAACCGGAACUCUAUAUUCCGCAUUAACCAAUGUGAUGGGGGCAUGCCAUUAUGAACACGCAAACAAUUUAAUUAGUAUAAAAUAGCAUGAUGUACAUUUACUAAAAGCAGUAUAACUAAUGCGGAGGAGAUAAAUUAAGAUAAUUCAGACUUGAGAGAUGUGACAAUAACAACAACAGUGAGAUUUUGUGAGAUGUGAAAAAUUUUGUAUAUAUAUUUUACUUUUGUAACUUUUUAUUUUGAAUUUUGAUUAAAUAAUAUAGUAUACUUUAAAAUAUGCAGUGAGUUUGGAAAAUAAACGGUAAAUGGUUGUUAGCACCAGGAACGUAUGAAUGGCAUUACAAUUUCUCUUUGGCUUUACACCGGCCACCAUUUCUAGUUUUGGGACACCUGGCCCACAUGCGUAUUGGAGCACCUGGAUAUAUAGAAUAACCUUAUAGAAUAUGGCCUAAUAGCGAGGCUUAAUUUAUUGUGGCAAUCGCAGCAAUUGCUGUAAAAGGAGAACAAAAUGCUGUGGAUCACUAGUGUAUAGUGUAAUUUUGUGAGACCAAAGAAAUGACGUUUUAUGGGAAAAAAUAAUUGCAAAAUCAGGUUUUGCAACAAACUAAAGAAGAGUUUUUUACAAACUAACAAUCCUACUAUUGGUGAAAAGUAUAGAAUCCAAUGUAACUUAACCACUAGUUUGAGACGAAAGAUCAUUUCUAAUUAUCUUCAGGAUAAUCUUCGUCCCAGCAUCAGCACGAUAUUUAAGGAAAAUUCGAUAGUUAAGCUGUUCCAAUUCAGAAAAGUGAAGGAUGCUGAGAUCUUGGCUAUCCUGAAAUCCCUCAAUCCACAAAAAGCAACUGGUUUUGAUGCAAUUUCAGCGAGAAUUCUCAGAGAUUGUGCUACAGCUAUCGCCUCUCCAUUAGCAGUUCUGGUAAAUGAAAUAAUUAUUUCAGCCUAUGUCCCUGUUGAUUGGAAGCCAGCUGAGAUCCGUCCUAUUUUUAAAAAGGAUUAUGUCCUUGAUAAAACGAAAUACAAACCUGUCUCUAUUCUAAUUAUACUAGACAACCAUUUCGGCCUUGCAUCCAACAAAACACCUCCUUCAAUUCCGGAAAUGAAACCUUUCGAAACCAACCUUAUAAAACUCAUUGAAAAUAUACAAUUUCAAUCAGGGAAAAACCAUUUUCAAAAAUCUUUGGCUAACAAUAUGAAGAAAAUUCAUCUCCCAACAUUUUCAUAUUUGCAGAUAAAACUAGAAAUAUUUAUGAAGCCUCGCUCGACAUAUACAACAAGCUCUUACAUGACAACAUUACAAAAACAUAUAAACAUGCAUCCAAGGACCCUAUAGACGGAAUUGACUCUGAACUAAAAUAAAUUUGGGAAUCGGUGACAAAAUUGAAAAAAUGAAAAACUGUGAAGCGUUUAUAACUUUAAAAGACCACAAAGAAAUUUUGAGGACAAUCCAAAAUGCCGGCUAAAAGCAAAUCAGGAAAAUUGAGCAAAAUUAUUUUAGAUGAAAUUAAUUCCAAUUUGAGACAAAAACUGAGUUUGAACCAGUGGAGAAAUACAAAACAAGUAAUUGAAUGGUUUGGAAAUAUAAAAGACAAAGAAAGACAUAGUUUUAUUUUGUUUGAUAUUGUUGAUUUUUAUACCCAUCCAUUUCUGAAAAACUUUUGGACCAAGCAUUAUCUCAGACCCCUCAACUCUCACGCAUUCGGCGUGAGUCUCACGCAAUUCGCUUCAGUCUCACGCUAUCACGCCAGACCUCUCAAUUCUCACGCAUUCGGCGUGAGUCUCACGCAAUUUGCUUCAGUCUCACGCUCUCUCUCACGCCACGUUUAGUAAAUCUAACGCAUAAAAAUUUUGGUAAGUCCGGAAAAAUUUUUCGACCCCUAAAAUGGUACACUGACCGAAAAUUUUUUGGCGAGGAAGGUCGCCGAAAUAAUUUUUCCUGAAAAUUUUUUUUUGGUACUAGUCUCACUCUUAACUUCUCUGCAAAGUUGAGAGGUCUGUUAUCUUGGGAUUCUAAUUUAACUACUAUUGCAGAAAAUAAUAUUUCGAUCAUAAAACAUGCCAGAAAAUCUCUACUUUUCAACACCAGAAAACCAUGGACAAAAAAUGAUAGUGAAGGUUUGUUUGAUAUAACCAUGGGCAGCCAUGAUUGUGCCAAAAUAUGUGAAGUUUGGCAAAGAAAGCAUCAGCCUAUAUAGAGACGACGGUUUGGCUCUUAUAAAAAGUAAAUUGGCAUGUUUAGCAGACAAAACAAGGAAAGAACUCCGCCUUUGUCUAUCAAGUGAUAAUGUUCUUAUUGAAGGGACAGGUUAUAAAUAGAAAUCUGGCUUAACAAUGGGCAAUAAUUUGGCACCCACGUUGGCUAUCAUAUACAUGAAUAAUGUAGAUCCACAGAUUUUGGAGAAAACAGAUGGAUAUGUAAUACUUAAAUGCUAUAUAGAUGAUUACUUUGCAUUUCUGUUGUCUAAAUGUAACUCAGGAAAAAGACUUAACUAUAGCAAACAGCCUUCAUGACAAUAUUAACUUCACCUUAGAAACAGAGGAGGUUGUUUCUAGUCUAAAGUUCAUCAAUCAGUGCGGGCGCCGGUCACCAAUCGUGGGUGGUCAUCCUCACUGAUCUCAAAAAUAUGGCUGUUUGCCAGGAGUGGGAUAAGCAAGAUUUCAAUUUUCAAAAGCAUAUAUUUGGAAAAUCACAUUUCACACAAUGAGCUUUGAAGCAAUUUUUAUUUGAAGAAUGAGAAUAAUUGAUUUACUGUGGAAAAUCGUGGAAUAUAGAUAGGACAAGUUUGCUUUGAAUGUUUAAUGUUUAUGAAUUUGUUGCUUUAAUUUAAUUGCAUAAAACAUGUACUGCUUUUCUUUUCAAUUAACUUGUAUUAACAUUUGCUAAAUUACCCUGUUUAAUUUAAGAAACAAAACGCCUGCUCAGGCAUUCACACUGACCUGAAAAUGACUACAUACGAGCUUCAGUGCAAUAGAAUACAAAUUGUGAACUGCAGAUGCAAAGCACGAAAGGCUAAAAGCAUGCCAUGAUCCUCAAGAGAUGUUUUUAUAAUGCCCAAUAAACACACAAGUAUUACUCACAAAUACAAAUGUUAUCCACAAAUGUACAUGGUCUAGCUCUGAGCAUGUGAUGCGCUAACGCAUACAACAUUGUUUACAUUCUGUGAGUCUGUAUAUUAAAUGUAUAAAAUUCGAAAAACUCAGCGAUACAGAUAUUGCAUUUCCAGAGACGUUGCACAAAAAAACCCAACCAGUCAACUUCUGAGGAAGUGUAGUUUGAAGGUAAAACAUCUUAAGUCGAAUUUUAUACCCCUACGAUUUAAACAGCAUGUUGUUUUGAUGUACGUUCUAAGGGCCGCGCUAAAAAUAUAAAUAUUCUGUAAAUACGGAAAUAAAAGAUGAAAAUCUGAAUUUAAGACACAAGCUUGAAAAUAACACUAUAAAUAGUGUUUUGGAUUCUGAUUCCAUUAAUACUAUUACCGCCAUUUGCAAUUGACCGUGCGGCAUGCAUAAAUUAAACAUUUGUUCAUUGUUUCAAACUUGUCGUUUAUUGGAUGAAAGUUGACAUUACUAUGGGCAAACUUAAUUGUUGCUAAGUUAAAACUUUUUUAACCAAUCAAAAUUCGAGGUUGUUUACAAUGUUAUAAACUCUUUAACUCAAGCUUCUACUUAUUACUCGCACCUUGAAAGGAAAUAAAUUAUAAUUCGUACAGCACGCUGAUGAAAAUAAUUUGCUUUCUUUUUUAUAAUGAACUUCUGCAAAGGUUAAUUUAACUAAGAAACAUUUGCAAACAAUGCACUGGAAUGACUUGAACAUCAAGAACAAAGUCCACAUUAUAAAUACAAAGUCAUACAUAAACAAUUGAAACAAACUUGCCCUACACUUUAGGAUUUCUUAUACUAAAUCAAUUCUUAUAAUGGUAAAAAAGUUUUACAUUUAUUUUAUAUAUGUGAAACGAUUUUCCAAGCUUCCGACAUGCAUUUCUUAUAUUUGUUGUCUCUUGACUCCUGGCAAACAGCCAUAUUUUGAGAUCAGUGAGAUGACCAUCCACCGAACUACUCACGGUAACUCACGCUCGCAGUCAUUGAUGAACUUUAAACUUCGCUAAUGCUUUCGUUUCCCCGGGUGUAAAUAACCGGGGGGGGGGGAUUAGUACCCUUGCAUGGCGCUUUGUGCUGUCGGGUCGGGAUUACUACCACUGGAAAGCCUCAGAUGUCUUGCAUGCACAAGAUGUAAUAUAAAAUAUGCUUAAAUUUAGUAAAUGUGGAAGGACAUACGAAAAUGGAAAAGCACUCUCGAUCAAUUUUCGGAGAAAUAUCAUUGAUAAAAUAUUAGAAGGGGAAAAUCGAGCUACUAGAAAUAUUCCAUCUGGGUACACCAAAAUAGCAGGGCAUUUUAAAGUAGCGCCAAAUACGGCUCAGAAAAUUUGGAUGAGAUUUCCCAAGUUGUCCCAAGGGCGAUUUGGAAUUGAUAGAAGCUCUUAAAACCUCACAAGGGUCUUAUUGUUAGGAGAAAUUUGGGAAAUUCUUGAUGAAUUGGGCGAUGUUGAGGUCAAGGGUUUCUCUCUCUACUUUCAGUCGUGCAAUUUGGAAUAGAAUGCCUUCGGGGUCGUUGAUAUUCGUGGAAGAAAAUUACUCAAAUCGCGGCAGAGAGGUUUACAAACAACAAUCUUUUGUACAUGCAGUUGUUUAUGAACUACAUUAAUACAAAGGAUCCUCAUCACGUCAAGUACUAUGACGAAGCUGGUAUCAAAUUUCCCGAUGUUGGCAUGAGAAAAUAUGGACAUUCACCUGUAGGGGAACAGUGCGUGGAAGUUGUAAAAAAGCUCAAUCGCCCAACCUAACACUUAGUGCUAUGUGUUCAUUAAAUGGUAUUGAAUACGCUAAAGUAAUUGAUGGAGCCACACACUGUCGAGUUUCUCCAGUUUUUCGAGGAAUGUGGACAAUCCCUUAAUGCCACGACUGGUCUACCGUGCCUUGCAGUAGGGGAUGUUAUUGUGAUGGAUAACCUUUCCUGUCAUCACUAUCAAGGAGGCGAAGCAUUGGAACAAUGGCUAGAGGAAAUGGGAAUAGAAUUAAUAUAUACGCCAACAUACUCGCCAGAUUUGAACCCAAUCGAAGAGAGCUUUUCAAAAAUAAACAGCGUACUUAUUAAUUACAUUGUUCAUGGUAAUAAUGAUCACUUAAAGUUGGCUGUGAUAAAUGCAACAAGAAAAGUGAAUGUUUGUUUGAAAAGUGACAUGCUUGGAUAUUACCAUCACACAGGGUAUUUUUCAGUAUAGCUAAUUGUAAUUAUAGUGAUACAAACCCUGUACAAACUUAGACAUGAUAAAUGUUGUUAAAAUAUUAACAGUUUAAACUUUGUAACUAUGCUGUAGUUUGAUCUUGGGGCAGGGUGAACCACACCUUGAAAGCAGCUAGAAUUCAAACUAACUGGAUUGAUGGUUUAAGGCCUGUUCAAAAACAAUUGGUUCAAACGAAGAUAACAUCAUCCAACAUUGAUUGUUGGCCAAACAAUGUUGGAUAAUGUUGGAUGAAAAUUUUAAAACUCAAACUUUAUCCAAAAUUACCCAACAUAAACAAGGUUGGAUGAUGUUCGACCAACAUGUUGGCUUCGUUUGAACAGGCCUUUACACUUGAUAAACCACUGAUAAAACUAACUUGUAUAAGAGUUAACCCAGACAGUUUAUAACCCGGGGUGAACCUGGUUUAGUAUAUGUAUAAACCAUAUUAUAAACCAAUAUUUUACAUCAUAGAUAUGGUUCCUGACGGUGAGGACAAGGUUGCUGACGGUGAGGACAAGGUUCCUGACGGUGAGCACAAGGUUGCUGACAGUGAGGUCAACGUUCCUGACGGUGAGAACAAGGUUCCUGGCGGUGACGACAAGGUUGCUGACGGUGACGACAAGGUUCCUGACCUCACCGUCAGGAACCUUGCCCUCACCGUCAGGAACCUUGUCCUCACUGUCAGCAACCUUGUCACCGCCAGGAACCUUGUCCUCACCACCAAGAACCUUGUCCUCAUCGCCAGGCUCCUUGUCCUCACCGCCAGGAACCCGGUCCUCACCACCAGGAACCUGCUCCUCAACGCCAGGAACCUGGUCUUCACUGUCAGGAACCUUGACCUCACCGUCAGGAACCUUGUCCUCCUUGUCCAGGGUGAACCUGGUUUGCUAUAUGUAUAAUCCAUAUUAUAAACCAAUAUUUUACAUCAUAGAUAUGGUUCCUGGCGGUGAGGACCAGGUGCCUGGCGGUGAGGACCAGGUUCCUGGCGGUGAGGACUAGGUUCCUGACGGUGAGGACAAGGUUCCUGACGGUGAGGACAAGGUUCCUGAUGGUGAGGACCAGGUGCCUGGCGGUGAGGACCAGGUUCCUGGCGGUCAGGACAAGGUUGCUGGCAGUGACGACAAGGUUCCUGGCGGUGAAGACAAGGUUCCUGGCGGUGAGGACAAGGUGCCUGGCGGUGAGGACAAGGUGCCUGGCGGUGAGGACAAGGUUCCUGACGGUGAGGACAAGGUUCCUGACGGUGAGGACAAGGUUCCUGACGGUGAGGACAAGGUUCCUGAUGGUGAGGACCAGGUGCCUGGCAGUGAGGACCAGGUUCCUGGCGGACAGCACAAGGUUGCUGGCGGUGAGGACAAGGUUCCUGGCGGUGAGGACAAGGUUCCUGGCGGUGAGGACAAGGUUCCUGGCGGUGAGGACAAGGUUCCUGGCGGUGAGGACAAGGUUCCUGGCGGUGAGGACAAGGUUCCUGGCGGUGGGGACAAG